AGAGCUCAAGAGCUGUCUCUGGGAUCCUGGUGGUGGUGGGAUGCUAAAGUCAAAGUGUUGUAUACUUACAAGUGUUCUAUACUAUAUAUAGCUGGAAGGAGAAGCUGAUAAACGAGAGUAACCUGCAGCAACGGUUGAAUACUGAAUCAGACUGAACACGAACGGAUGGAAAGACGAGAGGGACGAAGUGAACGAAAGCGAGAGAGCUGCCUGCAUGUGUGUCCAGAAGGUAAUAUACUCCAAGGAACGUCAUUUUUGCUUUUUUUUGUGGCUGGCGUCGCGUGGAAGACGAGCUGUUGCUGCUGCUGGGUCACCCGAAGGUUGCCAUCAUCACAGACCCAAUCACCAUCAUCUACACGUAGCAGCUUAAGCGCGGCCAUCACAAAUCAGACAUCAAACUAUUCAGACCCCCAAGUACAUAUAUAAAAGGAAGCAUCAGGAGCAACGAUUUAAAAGGCUGGUAGAGAGAGAGAGAGAUUGGGGUCUAGCGUGUAAUUAACGGUGUGUGGCGCGUGUGUACCUACAUCAGGCAUCGUCGCCCAAGUAUUCUGAGAUUUACCGAGUCCCAGGGGGAAGAUAGAGGCAUCCGGGGCAAAGAAGACACUCGACCAUACACCAUACGCACGUACUUAGCUCCCCCCCCUCUCUUGCUCUCUCAUCAUACGCAAGAUACUAUAUACUUUCCGCGACAAUAUCAUCAUCACCACGCAUAGAGACAUAUAUCUCGGGUUCCACGAGUAUUAUCCAAGAUACCGGCAUUGAUGGUAAUGCAUGCGAGGAAACCACAAAGGAUCAGUGAUGGGUACUUCGAAAAGCAUCAGGCCCAUCCCUACCAGAAGCGGGACGGAACGUUGUCGUCGUCGUCGUCGGCUGCGCGUCUGCAGAAGAGUAGCCGGGGCGGAGGUGAGCUUUUCGCGGACGUGUCGUCUUCGGGGCGUCGUCAGCAGCAGCAGCAGCAGCAGCAACAGCAACAACAACAACAACAACAACAACAACAACAACAGCAUCAUCACCAACCGCUGCACCGGAGCUCUCGUCGGCGACGGCGUCCAACUUCGUCUCGUCGCUCGAGGUCGAGGUCGAGCCAUCGUAGGAAGCGCAGCAGCUCUUCGGACACCGAAAACAGCGACAGUGACGACAGUGUGGACAACAGCAACAACGGGCACGAAUUCUUGCAACAGGAGCACAAUGACGACGAGGAGACGGAGGAGAAUCUGCCGCAGCCACUGGGACGCGGUGCCAGCAGCAGGAACGACGGCUAUUAUGGUCUGAGCAGAUGUCCACCUCCCCGGGAUAGUGGUGCUAGUGGCGGCAACAUCAACAACAGCAAUAUCAAUAACAUCAACAUUCAAAACGACGUUGACGAGGAAACCUCGUCGUCACAGUUGCACUCCAGGCAACGUCGUCAGCAGCGCAGCAGCAGACGCCGUAGCACUUCCCGAUCUACGGCUGCUUCCUCAUCUAAGUUGUCCUCAUCGUCGCGUAGUAAACAUAACCUGCUACCGACCGAGACUGUUGCUGCUACUGCUGUCUCUGCUUCUAUUGCUGUACCCGUUACAGUUGCCACGGGUAGUUAUCAUCGGCGUCGUCGCAACGAGCAUCUCGAGCUCCUCGACGACGUCGAUCUACUCGAGCUGCCGCCAAGAAAAAUCAAUAGGUCGUCAGCAUCGGAUUACAAUAGGCAGCAGCUCCGGGCGUCUGCUCACGACGACGAGGAAGAGGUGUUGGCGGAGGAGGACGAGAUCGUGGCGAGCAUGUCGUGGAGUAGGCACUGCCAGAGCCGCAAAGAUGACGACUACCCGGUUGUGCGAGUACGGACGUUCAAGGACGCGAACGCUAAGUACGGCAGUUCUAAGGGUGGCUACUCGUCCUCAGCGACAUCGGAGAGCAGGUAUGAAGGACGACCGCGCGAUUCACCCAAUGGCAACUCUUAUAGUCCAGCUGGGGGCUUGGGGUUGGGCAUGGGAGCGGACCGUGACAGUCCACGCAACUACUCUACCAAGCCUCUGUACAAGAAGGAGAGAGAAAAUAGAGACUACAAGUUGUCAUCCUCUAGGGAUAAGUAUUCCGAUUGUACACGAUCUCCAAAAGACAAGAGAAGUCGAGAGUCUAGGGAUUCUGAACACAGGACCAAUCAUGAUAGGAGCAGUGGAGAAAUAUUACAUCCAAUAAAAUUAUCUUCAAAUUCAUCAAGAGAAUCUUCCUCUCAAAGAAAACCAACACACAAUUCAUGCCAGGACAAGCGGGGGGACGAGCGAGGUGCGAUGGAGCGAACCGCGAGGUUUGGUGACUGGUCAGAACACAUGAGCUCUUCGGGUAAAAAGUAUUAUUACAAUUGUAAAACUGAAGUGUCUCAGUGGGAAAAGCCACGGGAGUGGAUUGUUCGAACUGAUAGUCGCCAGCGCCAAUCCAACGACUACUCAUCUUCUAGGUCAAGUCAUGAUAAACAUUCCAACUCGCGGACGAAUAGCGGCAGUAGUAGUACGCGGGACGGUAACAACAAGUCAUCGUCACGGCAAUCGGACAAGCGUGGUGAUUACUGGGGCUCCUCGGGUACGAGUAAUCGUGAUGAAAUCUCGUCGCGAGAACGAGACCGUUCCGACAAAGAGGCCGUCGGUAGCAGUAGUAGGGAUCGCGAACGCGAUAGGGAUCGUGACUCCUGCAGAGAUGACGUGGUCUCGAUGACUGUACAGAGCCAAGCGCAGGCUGCUGCGGCUGCAGCUGCUGCUCAAGAUCGACAGGCUCAGGACAUGGACAUUUCGCCGGGUGACUCGACACCUACGUCUGAGACUAUUGUCAGUACCGGUCUGCAUGACACGAUGCUCCAAGGGCCCGUUCUCUUAGCAAAUGCGUUACCUAGAUUAGCAUCACACCCAACAUCUGUAUCCCAAACGUCAGGAAAACUUAGUUCUCCAACGCAGCAACACGCAAGUAAUACAACUGGACCGCCGGUUUCGCUUCAAAAUCUUCCAAGACUUUUGUCACAAAUUACUGGCAAAGAGCAGCCUGAUGCGCAAAAGGCUCUUCAAACUAUUCAGACAGCAAUUCUACUCUCACGACAAUCCGGAGCUGGAGAUAGAUCCAGUUGUGCAAGUGAUAUUAUGAUUCCAUUAAAAGUGGAUACAACUAGUAAUACUACUGGUGAAGGUCCUCCUACGCCAACGCAUUCUGAAACGCAGGACUGUUUAGACGCGCGAAAGUUGAAUAGUCCUGGGGGUGUAAAUAGCAGCGUUCAAAAUAUAAGUUCCCUGCAGAGCAUCAGUACCUUAGGCAAUUUAGGUAGUUUAGGCAAUGGUGGCCUCCAAGCGCUUUCCCGAGUACAGCCACCCUUAACGCCUUCGUUAACACCCUCUCUCGCCAAUCAUUAUCGGGAUGAUUUGACGCAGCAUGUACGCGCUUUUCCUGCAGAUAUACUCGAAAAACAGGCCCAAAAACUAAGUGAAGAAGCACACACUAUGGGUAGUCUACAGUGCACACGGGUAUCCGCGGAAUUGAAGACGGCUCGGUCGAUAGUAAGGCUGACCGAAAUUCAAGCGACACUUCAGGAACAAAGGAUAUUAUUCCUUCGUCAACAAAUUCAGACAUUAGAGGAACUGAAAUCCCAAAAUUCCUUCAUGUCUGAUGAUUCUUAGUGUAAGAGACUUUAUAAAUAAUAAUGAUAAUGAUAAUAAUUAAUUACGAGCUAUAAUGAAUUCAUGCAAACAGAAAAGAAACCACUUAUUAUGCUCAUUAAUAUUGAAAUAAUCAAGAUUGUACCUAAAUUGUCAUGAAAUAGAAGUGAUAUACAUAGUGAAAAUAAAAGAACAGAAAAACGAUUGGCGGGACCCAGAGAGAAGCCAUGCGAGUCUUACAAUAAUUGAUAUCUCCCUGGGAGUAAACACGGGGCCUAUCUCAAGUGAAGAAAAAAAAAACCUCUUUUGUAUUGGAUGCAACAAAGAAGAUUAA